AUGGUGGCAUUUACAUUUAAGUGGAUCCUAGAGACCUCCAUGUCGUCAUUUCUAGGAAAGGCAAGGGCGCAACGACAUCAGCUGGGCGCGGUGUGUAGCAAUGCCAACCGAUAUUUUAGCUUCGGAGCGAUGGCGACCGAACUUCCGAAGGAUUUCAAGCAGCACUUCAGAUUUUCAGAGUACAACCAUAUAGACCGAAUCAGACUGCUCGACGUGACCGGAGGAAAAUACGGCCACCUCUUCGGCGACAAUCUGAUGCAAAACCCGGACUUCCAAAUGCACAUGUACCUCAACACCACUAAGACGCUCGCUAAGGAUGCCAAUGUCGAACCCAAGGUGACGGAAGUCCGCACGGACGGAUUCGACGAUGCCAUCUGCUUUGGCCAACGCCGUGACUACGUCGCGGAAUUCGUAUACAUCAUCAACGUCGGCUCACUGUGCUGCGGGCACAAGGGGGUGUGGCACGGAGGAGUCACCAGCGCCCUCUUCGAUAACGCGUUCGGGAUUUUGGGGUGUUCGGUGUUGCCGAUGGCAGCGACCAAGUACCUCAACAUACGCUUCAGGGCGCCGGUCAUGGUCGGCGACACCGUCGCGCUGGUGGUAUCAUUCGACCCGGAGCAGUUCGGAGGCAAAAAGGUGGACAGGUUCGUCGCACACGGGAAAAUGUACAACCAAGACGGCGUGGUGGUUGCGACGGGCGAGUCUGAACUCGUGGACGUAUCGGCGAAGUGGGCGAAGAAACAGGAGAACGCCCAGGAAGUUAAAUAG